CGCGCCGGGAGGCUGCGGCGGCUCUGCGGGCUGGCCCCGCCGAGAGCAGAGCCGCCGACCCGCGGACCCGUGUAGCAUCGCGCGGCCGGGCGCCGCACCUGCGAGCGGGAGCGUCGGGCUGCAGCAGCGCCGGGACCACCCGACUCCGAGUUGCCGCUGAGAUGAGUGCAGUGUCGGAGCCCCCGGCCGCGCACAGCCUGCUGGAGAAGCCGCCCGGCUCCGCCAUCCUGUGCGCCACCUGCGGCGGCGUGUGCAAGGGGGAGGUGCUGCGUGUGCAGAGCAAGUACUUCCACAUCCAGUGCUUUGUGUGCAAAGCAUGCGGCUGCGACCUGGCGGAGGGCGGCUUCUUCGUGCGCCAGGGCGAGCACAUCUGCACCCGGGACUACCAGCGGCUGUACGGGACCCGCUGCUUCCGCUGCGACCGGUUCAUCGAGGGCGAGGUGGUGUCGGCGCUGGGCAAGACCUACCACCCUGACUGCUUCGUGUGUGCCGUCUGCCGGUUGCCUUUCCCGCCUGGGGACCGUGUGACCUUCAACGGGAAGGAAUGCAUGUGCCAGAAGUGCUCCCUGCCCAAGUCCGUGGGCAGCAGCGCACACCUCUCCCAGGGCCUCUGGAGCUGCGGCGGCUGCGGUGCAGAGAUCAAGAACGGCCAGUCCCUGGUGGCGCUGGACAAGCACUGGCACCUGGGCUGCUUUAGGUGCAAGACCUGCGGGAAGGAGCUGAACGCGGAGUACAUCAGCAAGGACGGGCUGCCCUACUGCGAGGCCGACUACCACGCCAAGUUCGGCAUCCGCUGCGACGGCUGCGAGAAGUACAUCACGGGCCACGUGCUGGAGGCGGGGGAGAAGCACUACCACCCCUCGUGCGCCCUGUGCGCCCGGUGCGGCCGGACGUUCGCCGAGGGUGAGGAGAUGUACCUGCAAGGCUCCUCCAUCUGGCACCCGGCGUGUCGACAAGCGUCCAGAACUGAGGACAGAAACAAGAUGCAGACGCAGGCGCGCCCGGGCGCCGCCCCCUGUGCCUUCCAGGAGACCCGCACGUCCUCGGAGAGCAUCGUAUCCGUGCCCGCGUCCAGCACCUCGGGGUCUCCCAGCCGCGUGAUUUAUGCGAAGCUGGGCGACGAGAUUCUCGACUACAGGGACCUGGCCGCGCUCCCUAAAAGCAAGGCCAUCUACAGCAUCGACCGCCCCGACAUGAUCUCCUACUCGCCCUACAUCAGCCACCUGGCGGGUGACAGGCGGAGCUGCAGCGAGUCCCCUCAGUUGCUCUCGCCGACCCCGACGGAGGGGGACCAGGACGACCGCUCCUCCAAGCAGUGCCGGACCUCCAGCCCGAGCUCCGCCGGCUCGGUCAGCCUCGGGCGCUACACCCCGACCUCACGGUCGCCCCAGCACUACAGCCAGCCAGCUGGUACUGUGAGUGUUGGUACCAGCAGCUGCCUGUCCCUGUCCCAACACCCAAGCCCCACCUCCGUGUUCAGACAUCAUUACAUCCCCUACUUCCGAGGCAGUGAAAGCGGCCGCAGCACGCCCAGCCUGUCCGUGCUGUCGGAUAGCAAGCCGCCCCCCUCCACCUACCAGCAGGCUCCUCGCCACUUCCACGUCCCAGACACCGGCGCGAAAGAGAACAUCUAUAGGAAAGCCCCCAUCUACAAGCAGCAUGCCUCCAGGCGCCUGGACGGGGAGGACGGCAGUUUCGACCAGGACAACAGGAAGAAGCCCAGCUGGCUGAUCCUCCAGGGGGAGGUGGGCACCAGGACGAACUCCCCGGACCCGGACAGCCAGUCCCUGUCCCACAGCAGCGGGGCCGACAGAGAGGCUCUGCAAGCGAUCCCGGGGGACGCCUUCUACUCACGGUUCCCCUAUUCCAAAUCCGACCCUCUCCCAGGACUCGGAAGGAAUGGCUUGGACCACCGGAACGCCAAUUUGGCCCCUGGCGGAGCAGACCCGGAUGCCAGCUGGGGCAUGCGAGAAUACAAGGUCUACCCUUACGACGCCCUCAUCGUGACAAACCGGAUCCGCGUGAAGCUGCCCAGGGACGUGGACCGGACGAGGCUGGAGAGACACUUGUCGCCCGAGGAGUUCCAGGAAGUGUUUGGGAUGAGCGUGGAGGAGUUCGACCGCCUGGCCCUCUGGAAGCGGAACGACCUGAAGAAGAAGGCCUUGCUGUUCUGACGGCCGCCCGGCUCUGACCCAGCACGGGGGCGGGGCGGGGUGCGGGCGCCGCGGGAACCACGCACAGCCCUCCUGUCGCACUGGCGCUGGCUUCUCUGUGUCCACCCGGCGGGCGGGUGGGGCGCCAGGGGGGAGGGGCCGGAGGUGGGGUGCGAGUGGGUCCCACCCCACGUUCACGGGCAGCUCUCCCGCUGCCUGGUCACGAUUUAGGGCCCAGGCGCCUGGCUUUGUCCCGCCCCUUCCCACUGUGCUUGACACCAGGGCGGCUGUCCCAGGGGACGGGGGACGUUCAGACAACCACAGCCGCCUCCCUAGGCCUUUGGAGCACAGAGGUGACUGGGACUUGAGAUUUGAGUGGCAGGCACUGACACAAUCAUUGGUGGGGGGCGCAGGGCUCCCCGUGUCCCUGGCCCCGCCCACCGGCCCCUCCCAGCCCCAGAGGCGUGGCCUCCCCAGCGGCCCUGCAGCCCAGUGCGCCCGGGGCUGCGCAGAGCGUGGGGCGCACACGUUUUGCGGCUGUAUGUGACCGAGUCUCCUCCUGGGGACGAACGUCACCCUGGCAGGGUACCUCCCCCCUCUGGGGCCCUCUGUGCACUGUGUCCUUCUGUCACGCCCGCCCCUAGAUGCCUACAUGAUACCUUUGACGUAACACAAAAGUUUUAUUUUGUUAAGAAGUAUAGCCUACUGAAGCGUCAGACGACACAUAGAAAGAGUUUAGUUUUCCAGUCCCGCCGAGGGAGUGCUUCCGCCUUACGCCCCGCUCGCCCCGCGCCGACGUGCGUGGUCUCCAUUCCUGGCGCGCUCCUUGGGCGCGGGGCUCCUGCCCGGUUUCCGUUCGCGUUCUUUCCUUCAUGCUGGCCACGCCGGUGCCCCGACCGGCAGGCCCUCCCCCGAGUGCCGUCUGCGCGAACGAGCGAAGUGGGGACCCACGGGGGUUUCCUCGCGGCGGCCUUCCCAGUCUUGGAGAGGAGGAGGCUGUGCCAACGUGCCGGAACCCAGGGUGUCCACGUGCCCAGCCUCCCGCGCGCCCCACGUGGCUUUAGGUGACGCAGCCAGACUGUCCCGCCUCCCCACAGCGGAACACAAACCUGCGGCCCCAGGAAUGGUGCCGCGGGGGCAGCCGGUCCUGAGACAGACACGGGCCCCUGGGGACAGACGAUGGGACAGCCCUCCGUGCUCCGCGAGGCCGGCGGUGCGCCCUGACCGACGGGCGCUGGGUCUGCCCCUCGGGGUAGGUCAGGCUGUGGUGCCCGGGGCGCGGUGUUUGCGACGCGCGUUGAGUGGCUUCCGGAAACCAGAAGGGGGUCCCCCACGUCUGUCCCCGGUGUCCUGUGCGGCCGUGUCUCAGUGGGUCCCGGACGUCCCCGCCUAUGAGUCGGCGUUACCCCGCUUCCUCCCGGCCCUGCGACACGCCCACGUCCCGCUGCGCAUCCGGCUUCUCGCCAGCCCGGCUUGGCCAGGGAGGGGAAAUCUCAGCACCUAGCGCGCUUCCUUCCGUGUAGCAGCCUGAGCCCGAGCAACUGGAAACCCCCGUUUUCCGCUUAGCGCAACAUCCUGUCGGACCAGGCCAGCCUGGAAAAAUAAAGGACGGUGUACUGU